UAUCAUAAUGUUGCUACUGUAUACUUUUUCAAUAUUUCUGGCCUCUUGUGCCUUCGCCGCGGUACCUAUUGUUGAAGAGGUCAAUGAGACCCCCGUCGUGGGCAUCCUGACCCAGGAAAUUGCUUAUAGCCUGAACCAGCAAUAUCCUGACCAGUUCAAGAGCUACAUUGCGGCGUCCUAUGUUAAAUUUGUCGAAGGAGGUGGUGCUAGAGUUGUUCCGAUAUGGAUCGACAAAGACAGAGACUACUACAAAGAUAUAAUGAACAAAGUCAGCGGAGUUCUGUUUCCUGGUGGCGCAACCUGGUUUAAUCAAUCCGAUGGAUACGCAGAUGCUGGACGACAUAUUUUUGAUAUUGCAAAGGAAAUGAACGACAAUGGGCAGUAUAUGCCUUUGUGGGGCACUUGUCUUGGUUUUGAACUGCUUCUAUAUUUAGAUUCGAAUGGAGAAAAUAGAGCUCAUUGCAGUUCCAGUAAGCAGCCGUUGCCUUUAGAAUUUAAACAAGGUUAUGGUCAAAGUAGAAUGUUUAGCCGUGCUCCGAUGCAUAUUAUGCAAAGUUUGGCAAAUGAACCAAUAACUGCAAAUUUUCAUCAGUAUUGUGUUACCGAACAGAAUCUGACAAAGUUUGAGAUCGACCAUGAUUGGAAUGUUUUAUCAGUGAAUAAGGAUUGGAAUGGUCUUGAAUUUAUUAGUUCUAUUGAAUCUGUAAGGUAUCCAUUCUACGGCGUCCAAUUCCAUCCAGAGAAGAACAUUUACGAGUGGGUCCCCAACAGGAAUAUCUCUCACACCUUACACGCAGUUCAGGCUGCUCAGUAUUUCGCUGAAUUUUUUGUUAACGAGGCCAGAAAGAGUCCAAAUAAAUUUGAUGAAAAAGAAUUGGACAACGAGAUAAUAUACAACUAUCAUACGACCUUCACAGGAUUGAAAGGAUCAUCAUUCGAAGAAUGCUAUAUGUUUGCUGAUCCACCUCUGAAGAAGACAAAUCAGGCUGCUGAAAGGAGCGCGCCCAAAGUAUCAUGUCAAUAUGAAAUUACGGAAUCGGAUACUACAGAGCAGAUUAAAUGCAAUGAUGCAUUUUAA